AUGGUUGCUGUGCCUAUAAUAUCAAGAACUAAGAAGAUGAGCAAGAGCAGAACCCUAAGCAUCAACAGACAGCAACUGAUCCUCCAUUAUUUGAUGCUAUGUCAACAGUAUGAAUACUCAGUCAGACAAGAAGGGUGCUACGAAUUUCAGGAAGUCAUCAUAAAAAGUUCUAACAACAAAACAUUCUCCCUAUUCUCUGGAUUUCGUUUGAUUUGGACAACAGGUGAGGGAAGCAAAAAAUCAAAGCUACCAAGUGGCAGUGGGCUGAUAGCUAACACUAAGGAUACUUGGAAGGUUAAUGCUGAUCACACAUGCACCAAAGCCAUAGUUGAAAAGUUGGUCGAAGACUUGUCGAGCCAUACACUUGAAACUCUAAGGACUACUACAGCUGAACUGCGGUUGCUUACCAAGCUUAAUGCGAAAAAUCGGAGGGUGAUUUCGGACUGUGGGGCAAUUAGCCUUUUAGUCAAUUUGCUAAACUCCACUGACGCACAAGUUCAAGAGAAUGCUGUUACAGCACUUGUGAACUUGUCAAUUGACAAUAAUUGCAAAAUUAUCAUUGCUCAGGCCAAUGCAAUUGAAGCUUUGAUUCACGUCCUUCAAACUGGUAGCCCAGAGGCAAAGGAAAACUCAGCUGCUACUCUUGGUAGUCUUUCAGUAUGUGAGGAUAACCAGGUUAAAAUUGGGAGGUCUGGGGCAAUAGGGCCUCUGGUUGACUUGUUGAGGGAUGGCACACCUCGAGGAAAGAAAGAUGCAGCCACUGCUCUGUUUAAUUUGUCAUUGCUUUCCGAAAACAAGGCUAAAAUUGUGGAGGCUGGAUCUAUCAAGCAUCUUGUGAAGUUGAUGGAUCCAGCUGCUGGAAUGGUUGAGAAGGCAGUGGUUGUUCUGGCAAAUGUUGCAUCAAUAGAUGAAGGGAGGAUUGAAAUUGUACGCGAGGGUGGUAUUCCUUUGUUGGUUGACGCUGUUGAGUUAGGUUCUGCCAGGGCAAAAGAGUAUGCAGCUGCUGCAUUAUUGUGGCUUUGUGCAAUCUCCAGUAGGUUCUGCAUCAUGGCAAUCCGAGAGGGAGCUGUCCCACCAUUAGUGGCUUUGUCACAAUCAGGCACAACAAGGGCCAAGGAAAAGGCUAGGGCACUACUUGGCUGCUUCAGUAGAAAUAAGCUCGUAUGAGAAUGCUAAAAGUCUGGAAGUGACUAAUUCUUAAACAAGGUUUGGCUGUUUCCAUUGCGUUCAUGGUGUACGAUAGGAUUGCUGUUAGGAUAGAAAUGGAAACAUUAAUGUGUAUUAAGAGAAUAUUAGUAUUUAGCUAAGGAGUUGUUAGUGGAGUUUGGUUAUAAAUAGAAUGAGUCUUGAAGGGGCAAUUGUUUAGUGUUUAGGCUUCAGUGAUACCUUGAGACAACAGAGGUUUUAGUACUUCGAAUUACUCAGGUUAUCUUGCAGUUCUUCUAUCUUUUAUAUUUCAGCAUAUUCGGGUUUUAUCAAUGUAUUUACGUUCAGAUGUUGCGUACAUAUGGGUUAUUGCUCUGUAAUUACUGGUGCAAAAAGAAAAGAAAAACGAGGGUAUAAUAAAGGAAGGAUAGUUUUUAUUGUUUCAUGUUAAAAAAUUGGUAUUCCAAUGUACAAGACGAAGGAUUUGUU